AUGUCUGUGCUUCUGCUGCAUGCGUGGCAGCUCACCGCCCCUUUGGCCGGAGCGGAGCUCGCGAAUCGGUCGGCGACGCCUCCGGUUCGAGCGCUAGUAUACCGGGGGGGCGACGCGGCGGCGGCGGCGGCGGCGGCGGCGGCGGCGCGAGAGGGCAGCGCUAGCAUACACCAGAUGCGAUCCCUGCAGCAGGCACAGGCACCGUACUGGCUAGCGCCGGUCCAAACUGGCCCGCGAGAGCCGCAGUGGCUGGCUCCGGCCAAGCAAGGGGCUUGCAGGACGGCCGGCGGCAACCAAGGGUCGUACAUCGAGAAGUGGGGCGUCACGGAGAGCAAGUGCGGGGAGGAGUGCGUGACUACUUAUUCGCAUGAGUGCGUGGUGCGCGCCGCGGCAGGCCCUCUCUCCGCCUCGGCCGCGCGCGCGCGCGAGUCGCCUCUCCCUGCCGCGGGCAUACAGGCGUGGGAAUUCACGGAGGUCAAGCCGAAGCAGUGGGUGUGCGAGCUGCACAAGGACCCAGUCAAGUCGGUGUACCCGAUCCCGACCUCGCGCUGCUACAUCAUCUUCGCCCACAAGUCCUCCUUCGGAGGCGCCCUCUCGAUGCCCAUGCAAGCGGCAGCCCCCGCCGCCGCGGCGGUGGUCCCCACGCCUCAGCCGACGACCAGGCCAAAGGGCAGGCCAAAGGGAUACGUCGAGCGGCCGCCGCCGCCGCCUCCCCAGCCGCCGCCGCCGCCGCAGCCGCCAAACCCGCCGCCGCCGCUUCCUCCCCCGCCGCCCAACCCCUGCCUUCUGCUGGUUGGCCCUGGGGCUUCGAUGCAGAUGAUCAACAUGCGGAGCAUCCGCGGCGCUAAGCCGAUGGGAGUCAACGUCACUUUCGACAGGGCGAUCAUAGCGAUCAUGAGGGACGCCUCCAUCACCGACUCCGACUUCCCGUACGCCUCCUUCGACGGCGCACAGCUGACCGGCAUGCACUUGGUGCACGAGAGGAGGAGGAGGUUCCGCACCCACACCCCCCUAGGCAGCAAGCUGUCCGAGGCUUCCAUGACGGGCGUCAACGCCCCCCGUGCUAACUUUUCGGGGGCGGCGAUCAUGAGGGACGCCUCCAUCACCGACUCCGACUUCCCGUACGCCUCCUUCGACGGCGCACAGCUGACCGGCAUGGCCACGCUCGAGCCCGCUCCUGACGAUGAGGCGCGACUGCUGCUCACUUCGCGCGGCCACGCUGAGACGGGCGUGCGCACGAGCAACUCCUGGAUCUGGCUCCGGAAAGGCGAGUCGGCAAUCAUUGCGAGUGGGUCGGAGAUCGCACUUACCUGCGGCGUGCCUCCCAGCCGUUCAGUUCAAAAGCCCGAGGAGCCGCUGGAAAACGUAGUGCUCAAACUCGUUGCGUUACAGUCUCCUCAGGCAGCCAUGCCGCCACCAGCCCGCUCGCCGGCCACCGGCAACGCAGCCUCGCGCACGGAACCACGGUACAAUGCGUGGGGUUCUCCAAUCCGCUCGGACGAUGACGACGAGGAGGAGAAGGAUUCGCCGCCAGCGAAGCCCCCGCCGCCCGAGUGUCCGUGCGGCGCCGGAAGUUUCGUGGAGAAGCUCUCCCGGAGUGAGAAAAACUACAAUCGCCGCUACUACGAGUGCCCUCGCCGCUACAUCGCUGCCGGUUGUCCCAAGAAGCACGACUUUGAGUGGGCCGAUCUCUGGGUCGACCACGACACUGCAGAACGGCGGAAGCGGUCGAGAUCGGUGUCUCAGAGCAGCAACGGCCGGCGGGAUCAGUGCCACCGCUGUCUGCGCUUUGGCCACUGGGCGAGAGACUGCCGCAUGCGCUUUUGA